UUAUUCUAAGCAACCCCUAAAGAUUAGAACAAAACAUAAGUCGCUCACACGUUGUUUUCUCCCUAGUUCUUCUGCAUUAACAUUUUCAAUUUUGAUUUAAUUGUUUCAUUCAUUCAUAUUUGCUGAAUCUCACUCAUUAGGUAACACUUCAACCUCUCUGCUGAAUCGGAUUUCACCAUGUGAAAACAGUGAAGAGAGUUUGUACGUACAUCUUUUUCUAAUUCAGGUAUUAUAGUUCUAAGGGAAUGAGUUCUGCUUGUUGUUCUGAAUUUCCCUUUGAAAUUGAUCAAACCAAUCCAGAAACUGAAGCUGAGGAGGAUAGUUAUUAUGGAUCGUGCGAAGAAGAUACAGAGGUGAAGUAUGAGAAUUUUGAUUCUGCUUGUGAUUCUCUAUCACAUGAAAGUAAUCAAAUUGAUUCUGAAGGCUGCGAGGGCAAAACAGAAGUUGAAGCAGGGCCAAUGAAUGAAAGCUGCUCUGAAACUUUUGUUGAUGAAGGUGUAAAUUUUGGACUUCAAGAAGAAGAAAAAGAAGAGGAACCAUCAAAGUUGGUUUUUAAAUUUGAAUAUCAAAGUUGGGAUUGCAACUUGGUUGAAGAAGAAUCCAAGGAAAGUUGUGAUUUUGCCGAGAGGGAUGAUACUAUUUCCUCAUGGACCAACAAGUAUCAGAUCUUCACCGGCGCAAGUUUCAGCCAGUUCUUGGAUGAACCACAAGUUGAAAAUUUCACUGUGAAAGAGUUUUAUGUCCAUUCAAAUGGUGAUGAUUCUCCAUUUGAAAAUCAAGUUAUCAUUGAUUCCAAAGAAGGCUUUAAUGCAGAAAUUCUUGAGAAUUCCACUCAAAAGGUGUCACAAAAUAAGGUCAAGGAUUCGGAACCAGUUGCCGAAGAUUUACCACAUGAAGAUGAUGAUUUCGUAUGCUCAAGUAUUGAUUCAGAUUCUAUGAAUUCUAUGGGAGAAGAAGGUUUCUUGUCGGAAGCAGACUUCGGAACCAAUAUUGAUUAUUACACAUUGGGGAACCAUCAUGUUGGUGAGGAAAAUGCAGACCUAAUAACAGAUGAAGAAGAAGAUUUGGAUUUUUUGGAUGAUAAAGAUUUGGAGAAUUUAGAUAUUGGUUAUGAGCCUGAUGAUUUUGCCGAAGAAGACGAAGAUAUAAUGAAUGAGCUUAGAAAGAUUGAAGAAGAUUGUGCAAAGGAAAAGCCUUCAGGUAAAAAUUUUGAAGGAUCAUUGAAGAACAAUUCAGAUAGUUUAGCUGCUUUUGAUGGUGAGGAUUCAAGCCGGUUCGACACACUUUGGGAGCAUCAAGAUUUGAUAGAGCAGCUAAAGAUGGAGCUGAAGAAAGUUAGAGCAACUGGUUUACCUACAAUCCUUGAGGAUUCUGAGUCUCCAAGGAUCAUGGAAGAUUUGAAACCAUGGAAUAUUGAUGAGAAGUUCCACCAUUGUUCCAACACCAAUGAUCUUCCAAAAUUCUAUAAGAGUUACAGAGAGAGGAUGAGGAAAUUUGAUAUCUUGAAUUACCAAAAGAUGUAUGCUAUAGGUUUUUUAUCAUCGAAAGAUCCGCUCCAAACACUUUCACGGCACAAGAAAUCCUCUUCUUUUGCCAUAAAAGACAUUCUUCGUCGACCACAGAGCGGCCGGCGAAAGAACAAGGAGUCGGGGGACGCGACGAACAAGUUCAUGAGGGAACUAUACAGUGACUUGGAAAUGGUUUAUGUGGGGCAAUUAUGCCUUUCUUGGGAGUUUCUUCAAUGGGAAUAUGAGAAGGCAUUGGAGCUGUGGGAAAGUGACCAAUACGGUUUGAAAAGAUUCAAUGAGGUUGCUGGGGAAUUUCAACAGUUCCAGGUUUUGAUUCAGAGAUUUAUAGAGAAUGAACCUUUCCAAGGUCCACGAGUUGAAAACUACACCAAGAAUCGCUGUGUCAUGAGGAAUCUUCUUCAAGUUCCACUCAUUAGAGAAGACAACAGUUCCAAAGAUAAAAAGAAACAAAGACAAAAAGGAGGAGAUGUAGCAGCAGAUGAUGAGUCUAUAAUAAUAACAAGUGACAUGUUAGUGGAGAUUUUGGAAGAAUCAAUCAGAACAAUUUGGCGUUUUAUAAGAGCUGAUAAGGAUGCAUCUAGCUUCACACUUAAAUCUGCAAGAGAAACUCAUCAACUCAUGCAACUACAGGAUCUCUCAGAUUCACAGCUUUUACUAGAAAUUCUAACAGAUCUUCAAAAGAAGGAAAAGAGACUGAGAGAGGUAUUGAGGAGUGAAAGCUGCAUAUUGAAGAAACUUAAGAAGCAUGAUUAUGAUGAAGAUGGGACAGAUCAAGUGCUUUAUUUUUUCUCUCAAGUGGAUAUGAAAUUAGUUUGGAGAGUGUUGAACAUGUCAAGAAUAACGACUGAUCAACUAGCAUGGUGUCGUAGUAAAUUAAACAAGAUCACUUUUGUAAAUAGAAGGAUACAUGUUGAACCAACUUUCUUGCUUUUUCCUAGUUGAUCUUCAUCAUUCAUAUUACUACUUCUCCAUUUUUUGUUAGAAUAUAUAUGGUAUUAUUAUGUCAUAGAAACUUUGAUCUCUUCUAUUUUUCUAUUCCAUGCUUUAAAGGGUAAAUUUGAGUAACCAAAAGGAUAGUA